AUGCCUUUCGACUAUAACCCUGAAAAGGAUGUACCCGACCUCGCGGGGAAGUCAAUAUUCAUAACAGGAGGAACUGGCGGCCUAGGCGCAGCAUCAGCAAUCCACCUCGCCAAGCACAACCCAUCACACAUCUACCUCAGCGGCCGCAAUGCCACGAGCGCAGAGAAAGUGAUCGAAGAAAUUCAUCAAGCCGCCCCAAAUCUCGCAGUCACAUUUAUAAAAUGUGACCUAUCCUCCCUAGCUUCCAUCAAAGAAGCCGCCGAGCACUUCGUCAGAAGACACCAAACCUUAGACAUCCUAAUGUGCAACGCGGGGAUCAUGGCCAAAGCCCCCGGUCUAACCGUAGAUGGCUAUGAGGUUCAAUUUGGCACCAACCACCUCGGCCACGCACUACUGAUCAAAAAGCUCCUACCUCUUCUCGAAGCCUCCCACAACCCGCGCCUCGUGAUCCUUACCUCACAGGGCUGGGGACUGCACCCGCACGGCGGUAUCGUCUUCGACAAGCUCAAGACACCGCAGGAUAUGACAUUCGGCGGGCCUUGGCGGCGGUAUGGACAGAGCAAACUGGCUAAUUUACUGUAUGCGCGUGAGCUAGCGAAGAGGUUUCCGGCUAUCACGUCGGUGUCGGUGCAUCCUGGUAUUGUGAGCACGGGUCUUGUUGAUGGCCUUAGUCUCAAAAACAAGAUGGUUGUUUAUGGGACUACUUGGUGGCUACUUAUAAAGCCGCAUGAGGGUGCGUUUAAUCAGACCUGGGCGGCUACUGUGGAUAAGGCGACGAUUCGGAAUGGGGGUUACUAUGAGCCUGUUGGAAAAUUGGAGGAUGGGAAGCUUGACAAGACAGCGAAGGAUGAGGCCCUUGCGGAGAGGCUGUGGGAUUGGACUGAGAAGGCGUUGCGGGAAUUCUGA